AUGAGCAAAUCAGCAUAAAAUUUACAAUAUUAAGACUAUUCUAUGCAAGAUAAUUCAAAAUUUCUAGAUUAAUCUUAGAUCUCACUUCAUAAAUCUAAUUAUAUAUAGUAGAAUCAUGAUUAAACUUUUUAGUUAGCUAACCCAUACAGCAACAGAAAAAUUGAAUCUAGCUUAAAUUAUCCUGAUCUCAUGAGAGAUGGAGAGUAGAAAAGAUAAAAUAUUUUUCUUUAAUAGGAUUCUUCUCUUUAUGAUAGAAAUGUAAAGGUUUUUUCUUAAACAGUUUUCGAUCUAGCUUCUGAUAUUGAGGGAAAUAAUCUAAAUAAAGAUUAAUUUGAGCAAGGCUUACAUAGAAUUUUUGAUUCUAAACAGGGCAACCAAAAAAAUAAUAAUGAUAGUGAUUUACUAAAUAGACGAAGCUAAAAUAAAUUAACUAUUGAUGCUAAAUCUUCUAACGAAAUAAAUAACAGUUAUAAUUCUAAAAAUAAUGGUAGCAAUUAGCUUUUAGAUUAUUAAAAUGAAAAUAUUUCACCUAUGUUGAAGAUACAUAAAACAAAAAAACAUGCAACAUAAGUACCAACAAAUUUUAGCUAAAAAGAAAUUAACUUAUAGAUAUAGAAUUAAUAACCUGAUAAUAAUAGUUCAGGUUAUGGUGGUAAUUUGAUGAGUUAACUUGUUUCCAAAAUGAGUUAGAAACACAGUAGCUAUGCAAUUUCUUACUCUUCUAACUAAAACGAAAGCUAAGUUAUUACCAAUAGAAUGAACGAAUCUAGUUAAGGAAGCAAUAAUGGCUAGAAUAUUAACUAUUCAUAAAAAUUGGAAUUAAAUACUAUAAAUAUUUAAACAGAUAAAGGAAGAAACCUCUUAACUGCAAGUAAAAAUGAUUCUUUGACGAAUAAUUUAAUUGCUUAGGAUAUUCCUUCUUCAGUUGCUAAUAAUUUAAAUAAUAAUUAAAAAGUAAUAAAUUAACCUUUGUUAAAUGACAAAGAAGCAAAUGAUACAAACGAUUAAGCUUUUGAAGAACUUUAAAAGAAGAAGAGAUCUCGAAUGUCAGUAGUUCAACAAUCUACUGUUAACAAAUUCUCUUUCAAAUUCUUUAAAAAAGCAAAUAUGAUUAAAAAAUUUAUAUAAACAAUGGUUUCUCAACUACCUUCUAAAGUAUUCCAAAAGCUUGAGUACAGGCAUUUUAACAUCAUUGGAGAUGCAGUCUUUUAAUUCAAUAAUAUGGUUUCAGAUGAUGAAAUAAUAUUUAAAAAAUAGCUUUAAAAAAGCAAAACUUAACACAAAUUAAGCACUGUGGGAUCAAACAUAGAAAGAGCAAUCAGCAAUAGAAAUUAAUAUAGCUUUACUGAAUAAUUUCCAAUAAUUUAACCAAAUGGAAUUUUUUUAGUCUUUUGGAAUAUAUUUUUCCUAUUCUUUUUACUUAUUUAGUUAGUUAUAAUUCCUUUAUUGUGUGUUUAUGAUUAGGCAAAAGAUACUUAACCCUUUAUGUUUAUUACAGAACCACUGGCCGUAACAGUAUUCAUUAUAUAAAUGCUAUUAAAUAUGAAUACUGGUUUUUAUAAUGAGGGUGAAAUAGUGAAAUCUCGAUUACAGAUCUUUAAGAAAUAUUUAAGAUUUUAUUUAUGGAUUGAUUUAAUAACAAUAUUUACAAUUAUUGCUUGUAUGUAAAAUUAAGACAUUUAAUUUAUAAAACUUAUCUACCUCUUAAGAAUAAUUUAAGUAUUAUAAUUGCUGAAUACGAUAGAAGAGCAUUUUUAAUUAUAAUAAAAAUACUACACUAUUUAUGAACUAACGAAGUUGUAUACUCUAAUUUAUUUCGUAGCUCAUUAUAGCUCUUGCAUUUUUUACUUGAUUAGCAAAUUAGAUUACUAAAAUAACCCAGAUAUUUCUACCUGGAUUAAAAAUAUCGGAGUUACUAAUGAAUAUUGGACUGUUAUUUAUCUUGAUUCAAUUUAUUUUUCUUUUGUUACAAUGGUGACAGUAGGCUUUGGUGAUAUUGUCCCGAAAUCUAGUCACGAAAAAAUCUAUGUGACAUUUUUUUCAGUUGUGUCUUGCGGUAUCUUUGGUUAUGCAGUUAACACAAUUGGUUCUAUUUUCCAUGAACUCUCAUAAAAACAAGCAAACUAUAAGUUAAAAAAGUUUGAAAUAACUUAAUACAUGGAAGGCAGAUAAAUUUAAAGAGCAUCCUAAAUAAAAGUAUUGAAGUAUCUUGAAUAUAUGAAUAGCUAAGAGGAAGAAAGAAACUAUCUUUGCAAAGGUGAGCUUAUCUUAAGUGGAAUAUCAAAAAAUUUACGUGAGGAAAUAUAUCAAGAUUUUUUUGGAAAGAUUUUAUUCAACUCAAAUAUCUUUAAGAACAAUUUUAGCAAUAAACUAAUUUAGCAAUUAUCUCUUGUCAUGAAAGAAAUAACUUUAGGUCCUGGUGAUAUUAUAUUUAAUAAAGGAGAUACAGAUAACAGACUUUACUAUGUAUUUAAAGGAGCAGUUGAGAAUACCCUUGAAAUUAAUAAUUAAAUUAUCAAAUUUGGACAAUAUAUGCAAGGUGAAUUUUUUGGCUAAUCCGGAUUUUUUGCUGAUAUACCUAGAUAUUUUACUGCUAAAAGCAAAGGAACCACUCAUAUUGUUUAUUGUAAAAGAGAAGAUAUGCUCAAACUGAUACAAGAAAAUCCAUCAGACAAAGAAUAAUUUGCUAUGUGCAAAGAUGAAAUUUUGUUUAAAUAAAACAUAUGUGGACAUAAGUGCCUCUCUUGCUUAAAGCCUGGUCACAUAGAGGAAAAAUGCAAUUACAUAAAUAUUAAAAUAAACAAACCUUUACUAAUCGUAAAAAACAAUUUUUCUCUUGAUUAGCAUAGAUGCACAGCAGAAAGACAAAUUAAAAAAAAAUAUAAUGCUAUUAAAAAAUAUAUAGUUACUAAAAAAUUGCUUAAAUAGUUGAGAGUAACCUGUGUUUUAGAAGCUGUAGAAUAAUGGGAUGAUUUAGCAAUACUCCAAGAUAAUAAAAUUACAGACAAAGAAUUUUUCAUGAGAAUGCCUAAAGUAAGUUACAGUGAAGCUAACUAAUGCAUGCAAGAAACAGGAGACUCUCUGUAUAGCGGAGAUGAAGAAGACAUAUAAUUUUUUUCAAAAGAAGAUUAUAAAGGAUCAUAAGAUUUAGUUUAAGGGCUUAGUGAAAUGAACCCAACCUCCAACAUAAACAUAACUAACAACAAAAACUAAAACAGGGUAAAUUUACGUCACUAAACUCAUAAAUUGAGUAUUAAAAAUGAAGAAUUUUCUAUAGACAAGCAAUCUAUUUCGCGCUCAAAAACUAAAAAAGAGACAUACGCAUACAGUUCGCCUACCCAAGUCAAUAAAAGAUUCUAGCAAUUAGAUCUUAAUUUGUCAUCCUCUUAGUAAGGCUUAUUCUUUCCUUCAAAUUAAUAAGAAAAUAAUGUCAGUUUGCAAAGAUAAAAUUCUUAAAAAACAGCUAGGACUAUGCAAAGACAUGAUAGCUCAUCUAGUAUUAACAGCUACUAAGAUACAUUUAAAAGAAAUGCAAGUAGAAAUUUAAGCCACUUUGGAACUUAAGCUCAAACAGCACAAUACAUAAACUUAUAAAUAGCUUCUAAUAUGAUGGCAGCUAAAUAAUAUAGUGAUACUAAAAUUGAAUCACCUAGAAAUCGUUCUAAUUUAUCAGCAUUUAAUCCUAAGCCAUAAGAUAAUAAAUAAGAUUAAAAACUAUCAUCUUUAAAUGCUGAAAAUGCUGAUUAGUAAAAACAAAUUUAAUAAAACCAAUAAUUUGAAGAUUUUUUCAUCGAAACAAUAGAGAAUGAUUUUGAUUUUAUGAAAGAAUAUACUGUUUAUUACCCAUAAAACAAUAUAAGUUAAGUUCUACGUCAGAUUAGAAAGAUUUGGUUGGAAAAAUUCUCAAAAAAGAGGGCUAAAACAAAACACUCAUAAAAAACAACUUAAAAGUCUAAAAAAGAUUUAAAUAAAUCUAUUAAGAAAAGCGAAACAAAAAUAACAUAAAAAACCAAUUAGUAGCUAUAAAAAAUUGAAACUAAAAAUACUUAAAAAACUUUCACAAAUUAUAAUUAAAGCUUCAUGAACUGA